AUGGUGACGGGGCCAAUCAUCACCAGCGCAAACAUCGACCCCAGCAAUAAAGAACCCUUUACUAUUGGACAACAGAAUGUUCUGAAACAGUUGCUGAUACUCAAACCCAAAGCGGAUACCGAUCUGUUGGAGGCUAUCAUCCUUAAGGAGUGCGCUGACACACUUUUGCCAGUGCUCACAGCUCUGUUUAACCAGUGCUUGAAGAACGGAAUUAUACCGGAUCGUUGGAAAGCUGCCUCAAUCGCUCCAAUGCCUAAACGAGCCACCUCAAAAUUCCGUCCCAUUGCAUGUAGGUCUGUUGUGUUAAAGCUUUUCGAGAAGUAA